CACACCCCCAUGUACUUCUUCCUCCUCAACCUCGCCCUCCUCGACCUGGGCUGCAUCUCCACCACUGUCUUCUUGUUUCUAUUCUUCUUUGGAUCAGAGUAUUGCAUUCUCACCAUCAUGUCCUAUGACCGCUACGUUGCCAUCUGCAAGCCCCUGCACUAUGGGACCCUGCUGGGCAGCAGAGCUUGUGCCCGCAUGGCAGCAGCUGCCUGGGGCACUGGGCUCCUUACUUCCCUGCUGCACACUGCCAAUACAUUUUCAGUACCUCUCUGCCAAGGCAAUGCUGUGGAUCAGUUCUUCUGUGAAAUCCCCCAGAUUCUCAAGCUUUCCUGCUCAAAAUCCUAUCUCAGGGAACUUGGGUUACUCGUUUUUAGUGUCUGCUUAUCGUCUGUAUUCUUUGUUUUCAUUGUUGUGUCCUACGUGCAGAUCUUCAGGGCCGUGCUGAGGAUGCCCUCUGAGCAGGGACGGCACAAAGCCUUCUCCACGUGCCUCCCUCACCUGGCCGUGCUUUUCCUGUUUCUCAGCACUGUCAUGUUUGCAUACCUGAAGCCCUUCUCCAUUUCCUCUCCAUUUCUGGAUCUGACAGCGGCACUUCUUUACUCAGUGGUGCCUCCAACACUGAACCCUAUCAUCUACAGUAUGAGGAACAAGGAGAUCAAGCAUGCCCUCAGCAAAGUGUUGCCAUAUGCACUAUUCCGGAUUCAAUAA